AUGACGACGACGACGACGCGCGCGACGCGCGGGACGGUCGUCGUCGUCGGUGGGCGCGCGCGCGCGCGCGAGGGACGCGAGGGCGCGCGCUCGGGACGGACGCGAAGGGAGGCGCGAGGGCGCGAGGACGAGGACGAGACGGGCGAGGACGAGGCGCGAGGCGCGAGCGCGGAGGGAUCGAGCGAAACGACGACGGGAGGCUCGGAAACGUCGACGUCCGAGACGGCGGCGACGGCGACGGGACGCGAGGGGGGGAAAGCGUCGUGGAUAAGGGCGAAGGCGAAGGCGUUCGCGGACGGUUUACCCUUCGCGGCGAAUAAAAAGAAGUGGGACGCGCUCUUCGCCGACGCCGACGCGAGUCCGCUGGACGCGGCGAAGCAGGACGUGUUGAUGCGAGAGCUGUUGGCGUACGAUAGGAACGAUGAUUUGAUGAAGCGGUUCGAGACGAGACGGUACGCGAGCGGGCCGGUGUCGGUGCUCGCGUACGUCACGGCGCUCGUGCGGACGAAUAGAUUGGAACACUUCGUCGCGGGCGGCGAUGCGGGAUUCGGGAAGCCGUUGCCGAGCUUCGACGAGUCCACGGCGUAUCGCAAGCUUCCGGAUUUGUUGGGCGAUCUCUCCGAACGCUCGAAAGGCGCGGACGCGCUCGUGCCUUUGGAGACGGGGAAGAGCGCGCAGGCGCCGUUGCACGUCGCCUUUGUCGGUGGUGUCGGUGGAUUGGCGCCGCCGCAAAGCGCGGGGCGGCGAUUGUUGAAUGCGUUUUUAGGUUUCAUGCUCUUCAUCGCGAGUUUAAGCUUCUUGAGCACGCUGGCGUUGCACGAAUCGGGCUCGUCUGCGUCUUCGAGCUUGGGGCCGGGUUCGAACGGUGGUGGACCGAACUUUGACCCGAAGCAGUUCAACAAAGACACGAUGCCGGAGAAGAGUUUGAAGACGUUCGACGACGUCAAAGGGUGCGACGAGGCCAAGGACGAGCUCGCGGAAAUCGUCGAGUAUUUGAGAAAUCCGGAAAAGUUUACGCGACUCGGUGGCAAGUUGCCGAAGGGCGUCUUACUCACGGGUCCACCGGGAACGGGUAAGACCUUGCUCGCGCGCGCGGUCGCGGGCGAGGCGGACGUGCCAUUCUUUUAUCGAAGCGGGAGCGAGUUCGAAGAAAUGUUCGUGGGCGUGGGGUCCAAGCGCGUUCGCCAGCUCUUCGCCGCGGCGAAGAAGAAGACGCCGUGCAUCGUCUUCAUCGACGAAAUCGAUUCCAUCGGUACGUCGCGCAAGUCCAUCGAGAACCAGCACCGAAAGACGCUGAACCAGUUGUUGACGGAGAUGGAUGGGUUCGAGCAAAACGACGGCAUCAUCGUCCUGGCGGCGACGAACAUCCCGGAGUCGCUCGACCCCGCGCUCACGCGUCCGGGGCGAUUCGAUCGCAUGGUGCACGUGCCUAAUCCCGAUAUCGGUGGCCGCCGCGAGAUCCUCGAGCAUUACUUGGACGACAAGCCGACGACGAGCGACGUGGACGUCGACAAAAUCGCGCGCGGCACCGCCGGAUUUAGCGGCGCCGAGUUGUUCAACCUGGUGAACAUGGCGGCGGUGCAAGCGGCGAUGGCAGACGCGCCGGCGAUCACCGCCGCGGAUCUUGAUUGGGCGCGCGAUCGCGUGUUGAUGGGUGCCGAGCGCAAAUCCGCGGUAUUGAGCGAAGAAAACCGAAAGUUGACGGCGUACCACGAAGCCGGACACGCGCUCGUGGCGUUGAAAUCCGACGCGGCGCUUCCGAUUCAUAAAGCCACCAUCAUGCCUCGAGGGUCGGCGCUGGGGAUGGUGAUGCAACUUCCCGACAAGGACGAGACAAGCGUGAAUCGCAAGCAACUCAUGGCGCGUUUGGACGUGUGCAUGGGCGGUCGCUUGGCCGAGGAGCUCAUCUUUGGCUCGGACGAAGUCACCACGGGGGCGAGCGGGGAUCUGCAGCAAGCCACACGUUUGGCGUUUUACAUGAUUAGCGACGUCGGCAUGAACACCAACUUAGGUCCGGUGCAUCUUUCGAGCAUUCGCGGUGGAAACGCCGGACGCGGUGCUUCUGGGUCCACGGAGUCCGCCGUCGACGGCGAAGUCAUCAAGCUCUUGAAGGAUUCGCAAACGCGCGUGCAAAAGCUGUUAAAAUCCAACCUGAGCGAUUUGCACACCAUCGCCAAGGCGUUGAUGGAGAAGGAAACGCUCACGGGGAACGAAAUCCGCGCGCUCAUCGGGAUGCCUCCGGCGAAAGAACCGGUGGCCGUCGUAUCGCGCGCCAAGCCCAAGGCGCCGAAGCCCAAGGCGCCCGAGGCCAAGGCGGAAAAACCGAGCGAAGACGCGGCGGAGGAGGACGAAACGACGAUCAUCGUCAUUCAGCUCAAGGACGAGGACGAUUCGCCCAAGUAG